AGCUUUCUGUCUGCAGAUAUAUGAUAAGCCAAGAACCGAGCUAUAAUAAGUUUGCACAACUUCCAAACUCUGGAAGAAUUAUCUUGGCAUUGGCUGAGUAUUUGAAUAUUGAAUCAGCUUGCAUUCUGAGACAGGUAAAAUGGCAGCAGCAGAUCCUUACAUGAAAAUGAAAAUUGAUCCUCAGAAUCUACAGAUUCAGACACGUACCGUGGAGAAGUUGCUGGAACCCCUCAUAAUUCAGGUUACCACAUUAAUGAAUUGCCCUCAGAAUCCUUCCGGGAAGAAAAAGGGAUGUUCCAAAAGAGCUCGUGUGAUCCUGGCUUCUGUGGAAGAAGCUACUUGGAACUUGCUGGAUAAAGGGGAGAAAAUUGCCAAAGAAGCUCCCAUCUUUAUGGAAGAACUGAACGCUGCUCUCCGUGAUGUUCGCAAAGAAAGUGAAGCUUUAAAGAUAACAGCAAAAAAAUUCACCGAUGAUCCCUGUAACUUAUCUAAAAGAGAGGCUGUUGUGCAAACAGCACGUGCUCUUCUGGCUGCUGUUACAAGACUUCUGAUUCUGGCAGAUAUGAUUGAUGUUUCAUACCUGUUGCAACAUCUAACCACAGUACAGAGAACAUUUAUGUCCCUUCGAAAUGUAUCUAGUAAAUCAGAACUGCAGAAAACAUAUCAACAUCUUCAGAAAGAAUUGAAGAAGCUGGACCAUUUGGCAUAUAAGCGACAACAG